GUCCAUGGCAUGCGUACUCAAUAAGACAAGUUGAAUCUAAUACAAUUUUUCAUGUUUAUGCUUUUAAUAACUGCUUACUUCAAUUACUGUUUAUAAAUUUUUGUUAAGUUCCUUAUCAUUUCUUUUUGCAAGUGAUUUUGUACAAUUGUUUUAUUUUUAUAUAUUUAAAUGGUUUACUCAGUGUGGCUGGAAAAAGAUUUUAAUGAACUUUAAUGGGAAAAAUUAAAUUUUUGAAUAUUCUGUGUGAAAUUAUUUAAUUCCUGAAUAUUCCUGUAUUUAAAUAUUUUGGUAAUUCUCAUAGAACUCAGCAAUGACUGUAUCAAGAGGUACAACUCUAUUAUUUACUUUUAGAUCCAAAAUUGAAGAAGCUGUGAGUCUAGUUCCCAGAAUGCAUCCUGAAGCAAAACUUAAAGCUGUUCAGUUUUGGAAUAUAGUCUCUGAAAAGCUUCAAGAUAUUGUAAAUAACAGUGCUGCUGACAUAAGUGCUGUAGCUCUGAAGAUGGAUGAAACAGAUUCAUCACCUGAUAAGUUAAAUAUGGAAAUGAAUGGUUCAGCUAGUUAUAUCAGUCCACAGAAUAGCACUUCAACUGAUUUUAUGGGCAUAACUUCAAAUUACUCUGUGUAUAGUGAAUCAGGCACACAGUUCCAUAAUGCUGAUUUAAAUAAUACUGAAUUGAAACAAUUAUCUGCUACUGAACCAAUAUCUUCUAAUAUGGAAGGACAUCAUUCUACAAAUGAAAUCACUAGUUUACCUCAUAUUCACCAUCUCAGUGCUGUUACUGAUACAUCAAGGACUGAAAAUGAAGCUAAUCACCAAUUACUUGAUAUUGCAAAUAUUCCUUCCAAUACUGAUAACUUUGUACAAAACAUGCCAUGUGCUUCUGAAGUGUCUCAUGCUGAUGUGAAACCUAAUGUUUCAACCAUGCAUUCACAAAGUUCCCAAAAAGCAGCUCCAUAUACAGAGCAAUUAUCUAAAAGCAAUGAACAAACUUAUAAUGAUUUUAAUAAAAGUACAUUAUGUGAUAACUCUUCUGGACCUUCAAGUCAAAAUGACUGUCGUAGGAGCAGUUCAAGAUUAAAAGAAAUAAAAAAGAAAGUUGAUUUCAAAGAUCUUAUGGAUAUGUCAGAUGAGAGUUGUGGUGUAAAUACAUCUGACAUGGAACAAGGUUUUGAUUCUCAAGUUAAUUUAGAUUAUUCAAAUGAGCCAGAUGCUGAACGCAUUGUUCGCUGUGUUUCUAAUAUAAAGAAACUUUUAGAAACUGAAGAAGAUUCCAAGCCAUCUACAAAUAAUGGUGAUGAAAAAGCAUUAAAAGACAAUAAACCUGUAUUUCUGUACACAUGCCAAGUAUGUAGUAAAAAGUUUCCAAACUCAGAGUCUCUUGCAAAUCAUAGUUUAUAUCAUGAGAAGCCUAAUAUUUGCACAGAUUGUGGUGCAACAUUUUCUUCUAAAGGCAAUCUAGCUGUGCAUAUGAGAAAACACACUGGUGAGAAACCUUAUUGUUGCGAUGAAUGUGGUUCUAGGUUUUCAACGCAGGGGAAUUUGAAGAGACAUGUUAAAACACAUUCUGGAAUAAAACCAUGGAAAUGUGAAGAGUGUAAUAGUCGUUUUACUGAAAAGAAAAGUUUAACAGUACAUAUGAGAAGGCACACUGGGGAAAGGCCUUAUCAAUGCAAAAUUUGUGGAAAAGGAUUUGCUCAAACGGGAAUACUUCAAACUCAUAUGGCAAUGCACUUAGAUCUUAAAAUUCAUUUGUGUGAGCUGUGUGGUAAAGCUUUUAGGCAAAAAUCCCAGCUGCGUAUCCACAGAUUACGACAUGAUAAUGUGAGGAAAUAUGGAUGUGAUUCGUGUACUGCAUUUUUUCUUACAAAAGGUGACUUAGAAAGGCAUGUUCGACAGCAUACUGGGGAGAAGCCUUAUGUCUGUGACGUAUGCAAGAAAACUUUCACUAGACAACAAUCUUUAAAUGAACAUUUAAAUAGGCAUUAUGGAAUCAAACCUUAUUCUUGCAAGCACUGUGGUAAAACAUUUGUAGAGAUGUCUGCUUGUUAUAAGCAUGUAAAACUGCACACAAAUCCAGGAAACAUAGAAAAUUGGAAAAAGAAUGCACUAAAAAUAAAUCAUAUGGAUGAGAUUCCACAGCCUGAAGUUUCACCUGAGGCAGGAAAUACUGAAAAUGAAUUGCCUAGUACUCAAGAAGAACCACAAUACUUUGCUGUAGUUUUAAAUCCUAAAGAUGCUUGUGUUGAGAAUAAUCAAACAAUUUUACUGAAUUCAACAAGUAAUGAAAAUAGUAUUAUAACAAAUGGAUUAGGAGUUUUAACAACAAUAAAUGUACUUUCAAAUACUUCUACCCCACAAACGUUUCAAUGAUGCUAAAAUUAUUGAAUUUUUGCUUUUGAAGAUGCACAGAAUCAUUUCUUAGUGUUACAAAAGGGGUCAUUUUUUAAGAUAUAAAAUGACAAGUAAAUUAUUUAAAAUCAGGAAUUCAUGUAUAUUCACCAUAAAACUGUCUCAUUUUGUAUUCAAUAAAUUUAUAUU